AUGACACAGACUUCUACCCCGAACGACCGCACUUUUCUGUUCACGUCCGAGUCUGUAAACGAAGGCCAUCCAGAUAAACUCUGUGAUCAGAUCUCGGAUGCUGUGCUAGAUGCCUGCAUAGCUGAAGACCCCAACUCUCGCGUGGCCUGUGAGACUUGCGCCAAGACUGGCAUGGUCAUGAUCUUUGGUGAGAUCAGUACCAAGGCAAUUGUUAACUACGAGAAGGUUAUCCGUGAUACUAUUAAGAACAUCGGGUACGAUGACCCGGCAAAGGGUCUAGACUACAAGACCGUGAACGUCAUUGUUGCCAUUGAACAGCAGUCACCGGACAUUGCCCAGUCUGUUGACUCUGUCACGGACGAAGACGUUGGUGCUGGUGAUCAGGGCAUUAUGUUUGGCUACGCUUCAGAUGAAACGCCAGAACUCAUGCCAUUGUCGCACGUGCUGGCCACUAAGCUUGGCUCGAAGCUAACGGAUGUGCGCAAGAACGGAACUCUUGACUGGAUUCGUCCUGAUGGCAAGACCCAAGUCACUGUGGAAUACAAGAAGGACGAUGGUCGCAUGAUCCCUCAGCGUGUACACACAGUUGUCAUCUCCACUCAGCACAAUGAUGAUGUGACGAAUGAGCAAAUUUCUGCUGACCUUAUGAAACACGUUAUUCAGACGGUCAUUCCGGAGAAAUACUUGGAUGAUAAGACUGUGUACCACUUGAAUCCGUCUGGACGGUUUGUGAUUGGUGGUCCCCAUGGCGACGCUGGUCUCACCGGCCGCAAGAUUAUUAUUGACACGUACGGUGGCUGGGGUGCUCACGGUGGUGGUGCCUUCUCUGGCAAGGACACGACUAAGGUUGACCGCUCGGCUGCUUACGCUGCUCGUUGGGUCGCCAAAUCUAUGGUUGCUAAAGGUCUUGCCCAUCGCCUUCUUGUGCAGUUCUCAUACGCGAUUGGUGUACCUUAUCCUUUGUCGAUCCACGUCGACUCGUACGGCACGGUGAAGGAGGGAUUGUCCGACGACGAGCUGGUGGAAAUCAUCAAGAAGAACUUCGACCUGCGUCCGGGCAUGAUCCAGAAGACGUUGCAGUUAAAGCGUCCUAUCAUGCAGAAGACUGCUGCUUAUGGCCACUUUGGUCGCGAGGACGCGGACUUUACGUGGGAAACGGUGAAGGAGCUCGAGUGUUAA